UAAGUUCCGGCUAUGUUCCAUUCUGACAUAGCACAGUGCAGUCGUUAAGGAGUCUUUGUGUAGUUGGUUUCAAUUGAAUUAAAAUCGGUUUGUCACAAUGAAGUCGCUUUUGUUACUAAAUUUUUUAUUAAUCAUUUAUUGUUCAAGUAGUAUCGCUGACGAUAAAAAAGGUCCAAAAGUUACAGAUAAGGUAUGGUUUGACAUUAACAUAGAUGGGAAAUAUGAGGGUAGAGUUGAAAUUGGUCUUUUUGGAAAAACGGUUCCAAAAACAGUUCAGAAUUUCAUCGAAUUAGCCAAAAAACCUCAAGGUGAGGGAUAUAAAGGAAGCAAAUUCCAUAGAGUCAUUCGGGAGUUCAUGAUUCAGGGAGGAGAUUUUACAAAAGGAGAUGGAACUGGAGGACGUAGUAUUUAUGGAGCUAGGUUUGAGGAUGAGAACUUCAAAUUGAAGCACUAUGGUGCAGGAUGGUUGUCCAUGGCCAAUGCUGGAAAGGACACUAAUGGUUCUCAGUUCUUCAUUACUGUAAAACAAACUCCAUGGCUUGAUGGUAGACAUGUUGUCUUUGGCAAAGUAAUUAAGGGAAUGAAUGUAGUAAGAAAAAUUGAGAGUGUAAACACUGAUACUCGAGAUAGACCAACAAAAGAUGUUGUAAUUGCUGAUUGUGGUGCAGAAGUUGUAACAGAACCUUUCAGCGUAACAAAAGAAGAUGCAACUGAUUAAAUAUUGUAUUCUCUUUUUUAUAUUAAAAGUCAACCAUUUAUGAUCAUUUAGAUUAAAUGAAUAAAUUCAUUUAUUUGGA